UCUAGCUACCUCACCUAAUUCUCACUUGCGUUUUUUCCUUUCUCCCACUAUAAAAUCAAACCGUGUUUCUAGAUCAAGUGAGAAAUCAAAAGAGAGUUCAUUUGUUGCCAUGAAGCCACAUGCUGUAGUAAUCCCAUUCCCUGCACAAGGCCACAUAGCCCCAGUGCUAAAAUUGGCUAAACUUCUUCACUACAAGGGAUUCUUCAUCACCAUCGUCAACACAGAGUUCAAUCACAAUCGCCUUGUUCGGGCCCGAGGCCCCGACGCUGUUAAGGGGCUCGAAGAUUUCCAGUUCAAAACCAUCCGAGAUGGCCUGCCACCUUCCAACAGCGAUGCUACACAAGAUAUCCCUGCACUUUGUGAGUCGAUUUCGAAAAAUUGUUUGGCCCCUUUUUUGGAACUCGUCAAGAACCUUAAUGAAUCAUCGGAUUGUCCGAAUGUUAGUUGCAUAGUCUCUGAUGGGGUCAUGAGUUUUAGUUUGGAUGCUUCUGAACAACUCAAUAUUCCUGAAGUCGUGUUUUACACUACAAGUGCUUGUGGCUUUAUGGGGUACCUUCACUAUGGUGAACUUGUUGCUAGAGGAUAUGUCCCUCUUAAAGAUGAAAGUUGCUUUACAAAUGGAUAUUUAGAGACAGAGAUUGAUUGGAUACCGGGGAUGAAAGGCAUUCGACUUAAGGACAUUCCAUCUUUUAUUCGAACUACUGAUCCAAAUGAUAUCAUGUUAAACUACAACAUUGUGCAGCACGAAAAUGCAUCAAGGGCUAAGGCCAUCAUUUUCAAUACAUUUGAUGAAUUGGAAGAAGAAGUUCUCGAAGCAAUUCGAGCCAAAUACAAUCGUGUUUAC